AUGGGGUUGGUAAGAGAGAGUACCAAGAAAUCAAGUUUUAGAAUCUUUUUCUUCUUGAAACGGCAGUUUUGUCAAGAACCUGAAGGAAAUGUUGCAGAGGGCCUUCUAGAAGACCUUUUUGCUGAAAAUAUGUUAAAAAGUUCAGCAAAGUUCUUUGCAAAUGUGAGUCUGACUUUCCAGUUUUUGUCUUUGCUGGUGACCAAGAGGGGACUUAUAACGUGGAGUUGGUUUUCUUCCUUUGUCAGAUACUUCGCAAUUGGGAUCAGACUCUUGAUGCACAAUAUUCUGAUUUGGUCUUGCCCUUCUUUGGCCAGCUUUUUUUAGAAUGGGGAAGAUUUCUUUGAUCACAUAUGGCUUUUCAACAUGAGUAGCAAACUCUCCGAACCUUUUAGAUCCGGCUUUCCAAACAAUUGGAGUAUCCUCAAUUGGAGUAUCCUCAUUUCACAGUUCUAAGAAUUUCUUCCUGAGGUCUUCUUUGUGAGAUCCUGCACUUUCGUAUGCUUUCGAAAACAAGCUGCAUGCUGAAACUCUUCCAGGGAACCAGCCACUGCUUGAAAGCCUGAAUAUUAAUGGAAUGAACAAAUCCUGCAUAUCUGACUCGCUCAUGGCCUUGCACACAUUCCUCAAUGAAUUGGCUGCUUGCUCUCUGACAACAAUUUCGUCGCUCUGGGCGAGUUUCUCUAGAGCUUCAAGGAGGUUGGCGGAGUCAAACAUACUGCAAAUGUCGGGCUUUCCUAAUUCCUUGGCAAUGGCAAACAAGACUUCGUCUCACUCAGUAUCAAUAAGAUUUUGGAGGAAAGGAAACAUGUCUGAUUUAAUUUCGUUUAGGGAGAUGGACAAGAGCACGAUCUUCAAUCUGUAGAUAGCUUUGACUUCCAAAUAAGUUUCUUCCAUUCAAAGCAGAUGAGGAUGAAAUACCUCCAAGUUCUUCUCAAAAUGUUAAGUGCAUGAGCAUCUUUGAUAUUUCUUAUUGUCUAAUUUGCUGACAGUGAACUAAACUCAGAAAUAUCUAGAAAAGAGUAUAUU